CAGACGGCAAGAGCAACAGGCCACAAGGGCGGGUGUGUCCUGCUUUCUUGAGUCUCGACCUUGGGUGCUGUGUGCCCGCCCCAUGUGCCUCUCUCCUGUCAUUGCCAUACCAACUGUGCCAACCCAACCCCAACCACAACCAAUACGCUCGUCCAUCCGACCACCUUAUUCCAUACGGGAACGUGCCUUACUGUUCCAGUUCAACCCCUCUUCCAAGUUCAAGGUGUGAAGACGCAGACUGCAGAAGAUUGGAGAGACUACAAAACACACCACCACCCGCGACCAUCCACACUCCGCCCUCCUGCGUCCAGACUCCCAUCCUCUAUCCACGUUCUCCAUCGCGAAAACCACAGUUUGACUACCACGCUUACCACUUAUCAUCUCAAUUCCAAGGCGGAACAAUCGAAAAUCCUGUCUUGUUCCUUACCCUACGCAACAAAAACAAGGCGAGACGAAUCCGUAAACCCCAGCUUCACCGGAACCCGCCGAUAGCUCGCCCCGUUCGAGCAUCAGAUACCAGAUCCCCCGCCGACCAUCAACACCACCAACAAAGUAACCAUGUCUGACGAGAACACCAAGUCCGUCGUCGACGAGACGCCCAUCACCCACCCCGCCGGCGAGCGCAAGAACUCGCUCGAGGCCCACCUCCAACACCGUCCCGAUCGCGCCGAGUUGGUCGAGAAGAACAUCUUGCCCGCCUCCAACGCCGCGCCUAGCUUGAUCGCCCACCAGAAGGAGCUUGAGAAGCACAUGCGUGCAGACUCUCUCAACGACAAGAUCUCCCACCGCCCUGCCCCCGAAGACCUCAUCAAGGAGGGCGUGCUGAAGGAGGACCCCCGCAGCGCCGACGAUAAGUAUGCCGAGGCCAUCGAGGACGAGUACGCCAAGCGUGAGGGUGGCGCGUGAGUUCGUCGGGAUGUGCUCCUUGACGGUAUUUGAUCACUUGUCUCGUCAUUUAUUCGCGCUGCUACGACUUUGAGGCGAACAUGGUGGAGGAUGAUGCACAUUGAGCAAGUGCGGGACGACGAUGUAGGAUUAUUGGUAUUUAGUACCGCGGUUAUGAUAUGGGGGAUGUGCACUCUUCCAUAAUGAGUCUACGAAUAGCAGAAAAGAGCCAAAAACAAGUUUAGUCGUUUCCUUGUCAGGGCACUCUAGUGGAUAACAAGUCAAACUGGAACUUUAGCUCCCGAAAAUAAACAAAAAGAAAGAAACAGAAACACGGAUUGCAUUGCCAUCAAAUUGCCACCAGAAACGGAGAUAUCAAUGACAUGCAUACAUCAUCAACUUGUUUCUUGCAGCCUUGUCGCGAAUGAAGCCUGCUCUUGUUGGCGGACACGAGAUGGCAGUCCAAGGGUCUUUUUUGGGGGUUCUUCUGUUUCUAUUCUUGGAGCAUUGGCAUGCCAUACAGCCGCACUGGAGCCCUCCUCCAUCAUUCCCCCCCAGACACCUCAUUAACAUGUGAACUAUUCCCCAG